CUGGAGUCGGGUCUACCAGACCCGAUAUCCAUCACAAGCCCCCUAGUUUUCUGGCGACGUGUCGCUAGAAAACUAAUGAUGAGUCGCCUUCGGUUUUCGUGUCGGAUUAGAAACGUCGCACUCGAGUGCCUUGGGUCCAUCCUUUCAACGGAUAUAACCCCUUCUGGACUCGUCUUCUUCCUCUCGCUACCGAAUCUUAACCCGACCCGAAUUCCGACUGCAAUUUUCCCCCAAAUUUUCACUCCCUUCUUCGAAAUGGCUCUUGCAAAUCCCGAAACCUGGACCCAUGAACCCUCUAUCAUCAAGAAGGACGAUCUUCGAGAAGUGGCCGUGCUUCUGGGCAAGGGCUUCCGGGUCCACCAUCUCGAUGUCGUCGGGGCGAUUAGUUUAUCCUACAAUCAUAACCCCCAGAAGUAUAUGGUCAUGCAAUAUCACUCUGUAGAGAACGGGUUCAGACUACCCCUCCAUGGUCUGCUCCGCGACCUCUGCCGUCAUUUCGGAUUCGCUCCUGGUCAGUUGACUGCCAAUGCGCACAAUUCUAUCUCCCGGACGAAGUUCGCUGCGGCAGACUUGGCGGAAGAAGUGUACAACGCCUUGAGAGACGAACAGGGUUUAAUUCCAUACCACUCUCUUCAAGACACUAAGUUGUACAGGAAAGCGGAUUUUUACUAUCCCCUGGGUCCUGACCCGGUUCCAUUUGAAAGGGAGCCUUCCCGUGAAAGAUCGAAGGCUCCUUCUUCCGGAAAAUCCAACCCAGCCAUGAGCCCUUCUGGGAAUCAGUCCCAAGGUGGCUCCACUGCCUUGGCUGUAUGUAAGCCGGCUGCUGCCCUGGAGGCUGUCCCCAUCUCUGCUAUUCCCGGGCUGAGGAGGCCCACUCCGUCCCAGAAACGGCCACGAGAAGGGCACACCAUCCCUACUGCCACAUCCGGGGGUUUGGAGCUACCCCACCCGGAUAGCUUAGAUUGUGAGGGAGAAGAGCUUCGGGACCAGUUUGCGCUCAAGAGACCUGCAAUGCAGCCUCAGCCUGAGGUGAUCAAUUCCUCCCCACAUGUCGCAACUGCUCCCCAAGUAAUGGAGGAAGAAGGUGUGGGGCAGAAAGAACCGGAGUUUUCUCCUACAGCAGAGAAAGAGGUUGAAGUGCAGAAAGAAUUGGACGCCUCCUCCCUGUUGGAGAAAGAAGCUGGAAAGCAAAAAGGCUUCCCACUGCAGGCGAAUCUAGAAAAGAUGAGGGAAUCAGUGCAGGAGCCUGCAAUUCUCCAAGCUCGCCCUGACUUGCUUGCCCUCAAUGCUCUGCACUUCAUGGAGCAGGCCCAACAAUCACUCCUCACUCUAACUGAAGAGUACUUGGGUGGAGCAUCAGGGAACUACCGGGCCGUGGUGCUCCUCAAGGAGAAGGAGUUGGCCGCCAGGGCUCUGCAGCAGAAAGUUGACACCCUGGAACAACAUGACCAGGUCCUUCAGGAUGAAAAUGCCCGGCUCAAGGAAAAUGGCUCUAUGGAACUAGCAGCUGAAAGACUCCGGGCACAACUCUCCAUAUUGGAGUCAAAGGCCUCAGCUUCAGAAGACAAGGUGGGAAGUCUGAAAGCCGAGUUGGUUGAAAGGGAAUCCCGGAUCUCUGAGCUGGAGAGUUCCCUCCAAGAGGCAAAGUAUGAGGGUUCCCGUCUUAACGAACUUGCAUUGAAGCACAUGGAGGCGAGACGGCUUACCCUCGAGAAGUUGGGGAAAGAGAGACAGACUGCCAGCGAGCUCCGGUCAAGGAUGGGUGAACUGGAGAAGGCUAUUGCUGCCCAUCAAGAGGAGGUUGCUGGCUUGACUGCCCGUGCUGAAGCCCUUUAUGAAGAAGGGAAAUUUGACAUGCAGCACUGCAUUUAUGAGGCGGUCCGGAGUGGUCUUCCAGCUCACCGAUCUCUGGAUGAUUUCAUCUCCCACUACGGAUUACCUCUCCCUUUUUCUCCCCCAGAUUCUCGUGCUGACUCGGGGCCUUGACUUUAUCCCUCUCCACUGACUGUUGUAUUUUGCUUUGUAACAUUUAGAUGGUAGCAAAUUGAUAACACUUGAUUUAUUUCCGUCGACUCCUUUCAUUAAGCUAACUGUUCUUCUUUUGGGAUUCUUAUCUCGCCCUAGGACUUAGCAGUUUUUUUUAUCCGCCUAGGCUUUGGGCUUAACUGCGCUCACAAAGUGCUGUUUUUCUUGUUUAUCAUUGUGCUAAGUGACUGGCCCACCUUAAUUACGCCGGGCCCAAUUCACCCUAGCCCAAUAAUAAGAUGGUGCAACC